CAGUAUCAUUUCCACUGGUGCGAGUGUGGGGUGCGCUUCGUUUCUCCGUUUCACCGUUCCUAGCGUUCGCGAUAGCCUUUCCUGUCGCGUCUUUUUGCUCGGUGGUUGUUUCAUCAAAGUUAAUAGCAACAGAGAAUUAAUAGAAUACUCGAAUUUCGCAGUGUCCUCGAGAGAAUCGGCCUUUGCCGAUCUCUUUGAAAAUAAAAACGGACAAGAUCAAUCGCCCGAUCGGCGGAGCAAUGUCGUUCGAUGAUCCACUGACUUUUCGACGCGGUGUGUUUACUAGUUGGUGGAUGUUACAGUGAGUCAGACGGUGUCCCGUGGGAAUAUUGUCAAAUUGGCUGUGAGUGAAUGUUCUGAGAAUCGAGAGUACGAGAAAAGAGAGAAUGAGACGAGAGACAGCCGAAGGAGAAGCUGCCAGCCGCGAAUUGGGUUACGUCCCGUUCGCCUGGCAACGAUAUAUGACGCAACGGCCACCCUUCGCUGGUACCGAGGGUCCUCGUGAUCUUUACGUGCCUCUUUAACUGGCGACAGGACUUUUAACUGAGUUUCUCAUCCGAGACACGCGAAAAAAGAAAACCGCGUUGAGUUCCAUGCGAUCAGACAUCCCCGCCCCGCCGACUAGAUUGCGCAGCCAGUUUUGGAGGUUAACCGAUCACGAUUAGGAAACUUCAACGAAAGCGACAUUCGCUAACCGAGCCGGAUCAGCUGUUCCCGAGGACAACCCCUCGACCAUCAUCGGUAGGCCAAAUGCUAGUCCAACAGGCGACUUUCCUGAAAAGCAUCGUCUCGAGAGCUUCUUGGUACGAGCGUGAACGGCGAGAGGACGAUGUUGUCGUAUAUGCUUCCAACGGAGGACAAGCCACCGCCGGGAGACUCGAGUCAAGGCAACUUUCGUACUAACAAGUUGCAGAAGAGUCCGAAAGAGCGUUCGUUCGCCACGAGGCCACCACCUGGCAACGUAAUCACCGUUUCACCGAAAAAGUACACCGACACGGCCAGAACCAUGAUCGUCUCGAAGAUCGACGAGCAUGGUAGCGAUCAACAGGUCCAGGACGAACAACAUCCGAUGACCAGCGAAAGUCCGAAGCAUAACGGAACCGUGGUGAAAAAAUCGACUUUGCACGCGUCCAAAGUUGCCAAGGAUGACAGCCUUUAUAGCAUCAACAGCGAUGCUAGCACCGUUGGAAGCGAUCGGAAGAAUAAAAUCUUCAACGGGGCGAAGCACACUAGUCUGAAAAGAGUUUCCUUCGGUUCGAGCAAAGGAUCGAUGGUAGAAACUCUGGUAUACGAGACACCUGUUCAAGAAGAGCCAGAGAUCAAUCGUUUCUUGGACCACAAUGGACGCGUACCCUCGAUAAUCACUCCUGUACCUGAUACCGACGAAGGUAGGGAAAUGGUACGCGUCUCAUUGCUAGGUCCACAACCUUCACCGACAACACCCGGCGUAUUUCAGGUGCAGCCUAUCGCGAUAUCGAGGAUUCAACCGAUCGACAUGGACCCGGUUCCAGCCGAACUCCUGACCACGCACACCGAACACACGGCUCCUGCUUAUCACACGCAAAUCAGCACGGAUAGUGGUUGGGAUAAUCCAUUCAGACCCGAUGGCGACCUUUCGAGGGAAGCCGACGAGAUAGUGGAAUUGAUAAAAGGUGGAAAACCUAUCACACCGACCCCUGGACAAACAGCUCCGCCGUUGCCAGGAUGCGAGGCGGUAACCAGCAACGCGCAAACCACCCUCGACCACGAUUCGUGUUCCAGCCCUUUGCUGAAAUCAUCGGCGAACUCGACGAAUCGACAUGCAAACUCGUCGCCGAAACCUGGCCAAGAAAACGGAAACGCCCAUAGCACUCCGAUGAAAGGUGCAACCGCGAACAAGCAGCAGCCUGUCAACGAAAAGGUUGCCCCGUCGUCGAGAGCAGCUACAGUUGAAGUAGCUAGAAUGACGGCACAGGGACCAGGCGACGCUUCGCAGGUCGAACACGUCACCCUGAAGAAGAAGCCUAAAUGUAAAUGUUGUGUUCUGCAGUAAUAGACGAAAGCUUCUCUAAACUAUGUCGCACGGAAUAUCCCAACCAACUCGGCCGACGAUUUUCCGUCGUUGAAAAUGGAUCGCGACUUCUAACGUCAACGAUCGUUGUCUGUCGGUUCGCCUUUCUCAAGAUAUUCUUGCUUAACACGGCGACGAGCGUUGCGUGGAAAACGCAAUGCUUCCUAUUCCUAUCCCUGUGAAGAAACGACAAGAAAAGUCGCGUUUUCUCUUUUGAAUACACGAAUUUGCGAGAGAGAAGGAUACCGUGUACGAGAAAAGUCAUUUCGACGAAUUACUGGGAUUCAUCGUCGACCAAAAAAUCGACGUAACAGUGAAGAAGGAUACCUGAUCAUGCGUAAGCAAAGAAAAAAAAAAAAACAAUGAAAA